CGGUCCCGCACACAGAACCGCAAAUUUUAUUUACCGGUUUUUUAUCCUGAUAAGCGGUUUUCCCGUAAACCGGGAGCGCUUUAACGUGGGGACACCAAAAUGGUGCUUGUGGGUCCACAUUUCUCCAGGAUAUGUGGCGAUUCGACCGCACUCUGACAUUUUCACGUGAUAUCCACGCGCUUCAUCCUUCCAAUAUAUUUUGUUGUGACUUGCAUGGCACCAAAACCCGAUGCUCCCUAUCUCAUCCCCACCUGUCUUUUCCUUUUUCUCCAUUUGCUCAUUCUCUGUCUGCUUCAUCCAUUGCACUAAAUGAAGGCAACUGCUUUUGGACCAUUUGUACAAACAAAAUACUCCACAUUUUUUAGACUUGUUAAAUUAUGUUAAUGACUUACCAAUAAGAUUGUCAAGUGAACUACAGUGAUUGGGGUGUGAUAGGCACGUAACUAGAACGAGAGUGGGUAAGAUAAUUUUAUACUAUAUGAUGAUUUAAUUUAAUAUUAGUAUAUGAUUUUUUUUCUUUUUUAUACAAUAAUAAAAGGUGGCUGUGCAUCCCCUUAUUCCAAGAAUAUGGAAAAAUGGUUUCCAAUGAAAACUUAUACUGCUAAUCUUUAUUUUUGAGGCAGACCACUGCGCCUCUAGUAAUCUCACAUAAGUAAUAAUUAAAAUAAAAACCCAGGGACUUUUUAUUUAUUUAUAUAUAAGUCUCAUGAUUUCUUACUCAUAAAUUAUAUCUUCUCUCUAUACUUAACAAAAUUAGUGAUCAAUUAAAAAUGCGUAUGAGUUGCAAUGGUUGUAGAGUUCUUCGUAAAGGUUGCAGCGAAAGUUGUACCAUUAGGCCUUGUCUUCAAUGGAUCAAAACCCCUGAUUCUCAGUCCAACGCCACUGUUUUUCUGGCAAAGUUCUACGGCCGUGCUGGUCUGAUGAAUCUCAUUAACGCUGGCCCUGAUCAUCUUCGUCCUGCGAUAUUUAGGUCAUUGCUUUAUGAGGCUUGUGGAAGAAUAGUGAACCCGAUUUAUGGAUCGGUAGGGUUGUUAUGGUCAGGGAAUUGGCAGCUUUGUCAAAAUGCUGUGGAGGCGGUACUCAAAGGAACUCCAAUUACUCCCAUAGCUUCUGAAAUUGCUGUAAACAACAACGGUCCUCCUUUGAAAUUGCCUUACGAUAUUAGGCAUAUUAACAAAGAUGAAAAUUCUACCAAGUCCAGCGAGCUGCAUCGGGUCAGGACCCGAUGUCGAUUCAAGCGCUCAGGUGCUAACACAAAAGCGACAAAAUCGAAUCCGGUAUGUUCCGGGUCGGGUGAUGAAUUGGCCCAUGAGAAAAUGAACGGGUCUACGAGCCAUGAGUCUUCGUUGAGUCACCAGUCUGAAGAAGAAGCUGCGGCGGCGGCGGCGGCGGCUAUGAAUGUGGAAUGCGAUAGCUCGGGAAUGGCUGAAGUAGAAGAUUCAGCUAAAGAAGUCGAAUUGGAACUGACUUUAGGUUUUUCGUCUUUAGGAACUGUUGACAGUAAACCGAAGGAAACUAAACGGAAUAAAGAUGUUCAGUCGGUGAACGGCGCCGGCGAAUGUAAAAUAGAGCUUGGACUUCAUUGAUUAGUUUAGUACGAGUAGUUAAUUUUAUGUUUGUUUACUUUUUUGCCCUCUAAAUCCGUACAAAUAUAAAGUUAUAUAGUAGCAGAAGAAAAUUUUUCUUUCAAA